AAAUUUCUAUUAUUUUGACAUUUUAGUUUUAAAUUUGUAAGUGAAAUGAAAGUAGAUAGUAACGAAGAUGUUGACAGUAAAAAAGUAGAUGUGGCUGUGCGAUUCCUCAGUAAUCCAAAUGUCAAAAGUACAAAUAAGGAAAGCAAAGAAGCUUUUUUGAAAAGUAAAGGUUUAAAUGAUAUGGAAAUUUUGAAUGCUAUGCAAAAAGCAAGUUCUGAAUGCGAAAUUGCAGAAUCAAAUAAAUGGAGCAUUUUUACCUAUUUUAAAGGUAUAGUUAUUGGUGCUGGAAUUUUAUCUGCCGCGAACUAUGCAUAUAAGGCUUAUAUAUUGCCAUAUGUAGCACAUGAAAUCAAAGAUGACGGAAGAAUAGAACGUCUUGGAGAGUCUGUGCAAGCAAUGAAGGAUGAUAUUAAACAGCACACUUAUGAAUUAAGCAGUACACUUAAAGAUAUUCAAACGGUUCUAGAAAAGCAGCAUAAAGUUAUUGUUCUUUUGCAGGAAUCAAUACAAAAUUCACCAUUCGAUCACACUACUCUUGCUGAUAUAAAAGCAGAACUCUCAAAUGUUAAAACAAUGAUGCUAAGUAGAAAACAAUUUCCUAAAGCUCCAUUCACCCAACAAUCAAAUGAAAUUCCUGCUUGGCAACGUGUUGAUAAUAAAAAAGUAACAGAUGUGUCAACUGAUGACACAAGUUCUUCUGAAACAAUUUAGAUUAAAAAUUUUAUUUUUAUUUUUUUUACGAUAUAUUAUUUCAAAGGAAAUAUAAAAAAAAAAAGAAGAGUGAAAAGUUUUUUUCAAUUUUU